AUGUUUUGGAUCCCGAUGGUGGUCCUCAAACGCCUCAAGAACAUCUACAUCAAUGGUAUUGUGAAUGGUGUGGACGUCAGGGAUUUUGUAGAUGAAUUCACCACCCAGACUAAAUCUCAAGCUACGGUACUGAUCACUUUUGUUAAUGAGCAUCCCAAUCAUUUGCAUUGCUUCUACACAAAAACCUCAACCUUCAUUCAUGGUACUGAGGGCGAGGAUGUCAAGGCAUGCUUUGGCCAGCAGGAAAUCCAUAACAAGAUUACCUCUCUUGGCUUCGACGAUUGCAAGGUCUACAUCCACUCAGUCGACGCCCAGUUUAGUGCCAAUGGUGGUAUCAUCAUUCAGGUUAUCGGCGAAAUGUCAAAUCAUGGCGACCCUUGGCGCAAGUUCAUGCAAACUUUCUUCCUUGCAGAGCAGCCAAACAGUUAUUUUGUUCUCAACAACAUCUUCCGCUUCCUGAAGGAGGAGACCGUUGAAGAUGAUGCCAGCGAACCCGAGGCUUCCUCUACUGCACCUUUUGAACCUGCACCUGAAUCAGUAUGCAAGUCAACUCCCCCGCCCCCUGCUCCUGAACCCGAAGUCGAAGAGCCAACCAUUAUGCCCGAACUUGCUCCAGUUGAGGUCAACGGGAUCCAUCACGAACCUGAGAUGGAACAUACCCCUGAGCCAUCUAUUCCUGAAGCUGAGCCAGAGCCUGAACCUCCUGCUCUGAUUGCGCUGCCACAAGCGCCUGCACCUCCCGCUCUGGUUACCCCAACACCAGCCCCUGAACAGGCACCUGCUCGUCAGGCACCAGCUCCUGCACCAAAACCUGCAGCUCCAAAAACGUGGGCCAGCCUCGCUGCCGCUGACUCUAAAGCCCGAUGUGACAGGCGAGGAUCACGCUGGGGCGCACAGGUGGCUACUGAGUUGAAAGGGAUGUCCGAGGUCCCUGCUUCUGCAGCAUCCCCAACACCACCGGCUGGUGGUGCCCCUUCUCCCGCUCCACGGAGAGAGCACUCGCAUUCGCACCCACACUCGCCUAUCGCUUCUGCAAAUGCACUCACAAUCCCCCAGUGCUUCGUGAAGGGUGUAACAGAAGUCAUGUCGCAACAGCAACUGAUAACUCUUCUGGCUCGUUUGGGUACCGUCAAGGAUGUCGAGAUUAAAGCAAUCAUUGCAUCGCUUCCCACUAACACUGGUAGUGAGGGCAGAUUGUGCUUCGAUAGUCCUGAGGGCAGUGUUCGGAUCAUCGUUGAGACAAGGAAGGAGCGUGGUGAUCGUCCUGUUAGUCAUCCAGGGGGUGGUGCGCCCAACAGUGAGUCCAGGGGUUCAUUCCAGGGCCGUGGCGGACCUUGGGGUCGUGGCUGCCCUCCACCCCAAAAAAUAGAAUACGUGCGUGGUGGACGUGAUAUAAUGCAAAAAUCACCCUCGUGCUCAUUUGUUUUGCUUGCUAUCGUGUUUUGGUAG